ACGCAUUUCAGACAACAAAAUUCUAAAAAGCUGAAGUAUGCUGAGUGCCCAACAAUACCACCAAAAAUUUUCAAAAAAGCAAAAGUAAGAAAGAGAAAGAAAGAAAGAAAAAAAAAAAAAUAACAUAAAAAAUCUCAGUCUCCGGUACCGACACCGGCAAUGUCGUCGGUUCCAACUACUCCAACAAACACAGUAGUAUUACCUAUGUGAAGUUAAAAAAAGGCAACACUAAAUUUUUUAUGUAUGUGUAUAUAUUUGUACUGUUAGUACUAUGACCAAGAAAACUAGUACUAACCUGGAUGAUGAAGAUAACAACGGAGACGUUGUUCUCAUCCCUUCAGCGUUGUCUACAUCAGCUAAUAAUCGGUCUAGAUUAUUAUUACAAGCUAGUUCUCGUCGCAUUACACCUACGGACGACGGAGAUCUGUCGUUCUCGGGAAAUGUGCCGCCGGAGCUAAGGCAGUUACCUAACGGAGAUCUAUAUAUAGGUACUUUUUCGGGUAAAGUUCCACACGGUAACGGUAAAUAUUUAUGGUGUGAUGGAUGUAUGUAUGAAGGUGAAUGGAAAAGAGGUAAAGCUAGUGGUAAAGGUAAAUUUUCAUGGCCAUCAGGUGCAACUUAUGAAGGUGAUUUUAAAGAUGGGAGAAUGGAUGGUUAUGGUACUUUUAUUGGGGCUGAUGGAGAUAAUUAUAGAGGAUGGUGGGAAAGUGAUAGGAAACAUGGAUUUGGUGAGAAGUUAUUUGCAAAUGGUGAUUUAUAUGUUGGUUUAUGGAAAUGGAAUUUACAAGAUGGUGAAGGGAGAUUUGUUUGGGGUAAUGGUAAUGAGUAUAUUGGUGAAUGGAAAAAAGGGGUUAUGUUUGGUAAAGGUGUUUUUAUUUGGGCUAAUGGGAAAAGAUAUGAAGGUGAUUGGGAUAAUGGAAUGCCUAAAGGAAAUGGUGUGUUUAGUUGGCCUGAUGGUAGGACUUGUUAUACUAGUGGUUCAUGGGGAGAUAGUAAUAAUAAUAAUAAUAAUUCGUCGAAACAAGAAUUUAGUACUGGUAAUGGUGGUGGUGGUGGUGGUCAGGUACUGAGGAGAUCUUCGGUGACUAUGAAUGUGCGCGAAAGGAAUGUUAAUUUACCGAGGAUUUGUAUAUGGGAAUCGGAUGGGGAUGAGGGGGAUAUUACUUGUGAUAUUGUUGAUAAUAGGGAGGCUUCGUCGAUGUUUGUUCCUAGGAAUGAUGAUGAGGAGGACGAGGAUGAUGAUGAUGAUGAUGAUGAAGAGAGUGAGAGUUCUGAAGGAGAUGAAAAUGGGGAUUUUCGGAAGAGUCCUUACCGCUCUGAAGCUGUGGAAAUGAAGAAGCCCGGGCAACCGAUAACCAAGGGACAUAAGAAUUAUGAUUUGGUGCUUAGUCUUCAGCUAGGUAUUAGAUAUUCUACUCAGAAGCACGCCUCAAUUACCCGAGAAGUAAAGAAUUUGGAUUUCGAUCCUAAUGAGAAGUUCUGGACGAGGUUUCCACCUGAGGGUUCCAAACUCACGCCGCCUCAUCAGGUCCUGGACUUCAAAUGGAAGGACUACUGUCCCGUGGUUUUCAAGAAGCUUAGGGAAUUGUUUGGAAUAGAUCCAGCUGAAUACAUGCUAGCUAUCUGUGGAAAUGAUGCACUUAGGGAACUGUCUUCCCCUGGGAAAAGUGGCAGCAGCUUCUAUCUAACUCACGAUGACCGAUUUAUCAUCAAAACUUUGAAAAAGUCCGAAGUUAAGGUGCUCAUUAGAAUGCUUCAAAAUUAUUAUCGACAUGUUGGUCAGUACAAAAGCUCAUUGGUGACGAAGUUUUAUGGUGUACAUUGUGUUAAAAUGGUUGGAUGCCAAAAGACACGUUUUGUUGUUAUGGGGAACAUGUUCUACUCUGAACGUGUGAUCCAUAAGCGGUUUGAUUUAAAGGGAUCCUCUUAUGGCCGUACAACUGAUAAGCCAGGAGGAGAGGCUGAUGAGACUACCACGUUUAAAGACCUCGAUCUCAACUUUGUCUUUCAAUUGCGACAAUCUUGGUUUAAAGAGCUUAUAAGGCAAAUUGAUAUAGAUUGUCAGUUUCUGGAAGCUGAGAAUAUUAUGGAUUACAGUCUUUUAAUUGGUGUUCAUUUCUGCAACUAUAGUAACAAUGGCGAGAUGAAUUUGUCACCUUCCGGCAAUGCUGCUGCUCUAGAUUCUUGCUUAUGUGAUGCAGAGAGUCAUGAUAAGGGACAGAUCAUGGAGGAAUGGAAGCCUCCUAUAAAUUCAGCUGCAAACGUGCCUGCAAGGGCGGUGUGCAUAUCAAGGAGUGGAAGUGAGUCAACUUCCGGACAGGGUGGCGAUGGGGCUAAUAAUACUAUCCUUUGCUUGGGAAUCAUUGACAUUCUACAAGAUUAUGAUAUCAGCAAAAGGCUAGAACAUGCAUACAAGUCAUUUCAGGUGGAUCCCACUUCCAUAUCUGCUGUUGAUCCAAAGCUCUACUCUAAAAGAUUUCGAGAUUUUAUAAGUAGAAUCUUUAAAGUAGACGAAGGGUAAGGAACAAGGAAAGAGCACGAAGAUAAGGUAAUUGGUCAUUGCGUUUCUGUUUAAUGCUUUGGCAGCUUAUGGAGAUGGGCAAGUGAGAAACAAGAAGAGACCGGAAUUAGUUGAAUCAAUGAACGUCUUUGUUUGCUGAUUAUAUGAUGACUGGUUUUUGUGGAGAUCUUGGCCAUUGGUAAAGUGUGAAUGAAUGGUCUGAUGAAGUUGGUGAUGCCCGAUUUUAUUUUAUUCCUUUUUUCCUCUUGCUAUCUAUGUCAAGGGUGCUCAAUCUAGGCAAGCUAUGUAUAUCUUUUUUCUUUCUCCUUUUGGUCACUCUCUAGUUGAGUUGAGUGAACAUAAAGAUUUUGAUCAAAUGUACAGUAAAGGAAAUCUUUUUGGUAGUAUUUGUAGUUACUGUGUUCUACGACGAUAAUUAAUGCUUAGUUCCUCGUUUAAUUGUGUUAGGAAUGACUUGUAGAUUGAGGGAAGUUGAAGAAGUGUGUUAUC